ACUUUUAAUUUAAACUUCAGUCAUAAGUGGAUAAGGCAAUGAAGAAAAGGUCAGCAGACUUCAUCUGCACCCAAAUAAUCUGUUUUUCAAUUUCUGGAUGCUACACCUAAUUCCAGAGCGAUCCGAGAAAUGUGUCCGCUGAGGCUGAUCCUGAUCUUCCUCUCCGCCACACUCGCCGGGUUUUUCCUCGUCAGAAACCUCAAAUCUCGGCCCCCAGUUGACACAGAGGACGAAUCCACCAACGCCGACGACCACAACUCCUCCUCCCGAUUCUCCAAGGUUCGAGCGGCUAUACAGUCGGGAUUUUGGACCUGUGCGGACAUGGCCAGCGGUCGCUACUUGUGGAGGCAUCUGGUUUCUUCCAAAAACCAUUCAACUUGAUGCCUGUCUUAAUUUGCACCGUUUCAGGUGUGUUGUUGUUGUUGAUGACUUGUUCUAAUCCAUAUUUUCAUAUACAAUGUGGUCUAGAGUAUUGGAACUCAUUUCUUCCUUCCACGGAAUUAUAAGAUUUGUGUAUUCAGAUAUUUAAUUGGUCAACACUGAAAGAAAAAUACAGUACAUGGAUUUUGAUCUAAGAUUUCAAAUUUCUUGCAAUACAACUCGGUAAAGAUGCUCUGGCUUUUGUAAUUUUCCUCCAGCCGCUGCGUUGAUUGGCUGUGAGGUUCGAUUCUAUGUUGAUUUUGAUUAUGUAUUUUGGAUUUAGAGUAUAUAUCAAUGCAUGUUGUUCAAUGAUCUUUCAUUCUGAAAUUUAUAACUUGUUAUUUCCAGUAAGUCUAGUCUCUGGUCUGUUGAUAGCUCAUAAUCUCCCUUGUACCUCUUGUUUGCCUCCUAAUUUCUUGUUUAAGAAACCCUCAAAAUGAACCCGGCCAAGUCAUGAAUGGAGUAUCUGACCCAAAAUUUGGCUUCAAUUAAGAAAUUUCAAGAUAGUGAUGUUGCAACAUAUAUGUCAAAUUAGUGGCUGGCUUUUUGUCCAUACAAACCAUGAGCCUUGUAACUCUAUUUUUAUAAUACCAACAUCACCUGGACCUUUUUGUGUUGUUAAAUGCCUACCUCCUAUUAAC